AUGGAAAUCAAAGAGCUCAUUGAAAAACUGAUGAGCAGCAAAGCCUCAUCUGAUGUACAAGAAGACACUGAGAAGCUGUUCAGGGAUAUAGAAAAAGCGAAUAAAGAAAGUGUAAACGAGAGGGAGAAAGCCCAGUUUGAAGAAAAUGCGGUCAACUUAUGGAACUGGACUGUUGCCAGAAAAGAAGGCCCUAUUCUCAGUGAUAUACAAAAAGUGAAGUUGCGACACGUUGCCUGCAGAAUGAUGUUAAUUUGUGAAGUAAAUGAUCCUCCUGAGGAAAUGGCACGCAGGCAAAUUCUGAUGGCCAUGAAGACUGGGAAAGGCUGGGUAGACAUUGGAGAGCCUGCUCUUGCUAAUGAAGUCCUUGACAUUGCCAUGAACACUCUGGAGACACUCUAUGCCCAGCUGACUAAGAGGAGCACGAGUGAGAGUGACAUCCAUGCACACAAAGCUGACAUAGAGAAGGAUGUGUUCAAGGUCCUCUCUUAUCAGGCUGAAUCAGCAAUAUCUCAAGGGGAUUUUCAGAAAACGACCGCCUGCAUCCAGCGCUGCAAAGACAUCCUGAUGAGGCUGCCCAAUGAAACCUCUUACCUCUCCCUUCUGUGCUAUAACUUUGGAGUAGAAAUGUACCAACGGAAGAACUAUGAACAGAGCUCCUUCUGGCUCAGCCAGAGCUAUGAAAUUGGAAAGAUGGAUGUGAAAUAUUCAACUGGAAAAGAAAUGCAGGCCAAAGUGCUGCGGCUGCUGGCGACCGUCUACCUGGAGUGGGACUGCCGACAGCAUCAGGAGAAGGCUCUCAGGGCUGCGGCGAUGGCCAACGAGGAGGAUUUGCAUCCAGCAGGGUUUUUGUUGAAACUCAAAAUCCUCCUGAAAGGCGGUGCAUCCGACGAAGAUGUUAGCACAGCUGUUGCUGAACUCAUCCACCAUAAGCUUCCUCUGGAUAUUUGCCUGGACUCAGCAAAGCUGCUCCUGGAGCACGAAAGGGAGGCCAUUGGCUUCGACUUCCUGAAAUCAAUGGCUCGGCUCUUUGAAGACAACCCAGAUGUCGGCAGAGUAAUUCUCCUCCACAUCAAGCUCUUGUUGCAGAGGAUGAAGGAGCCACUUGCCAAAAGGAUGAUCGAGGACAUCCUUGCAGGGCAAACCAUCGGAAAACAGCUGCCUCCUGAAAGCCUGAACCACCUACACCUUAUUCUCUGGGACAGAGCUGCUCAGAACUAUGAGGCCAAAAGCUACUCCGAGGCUCUCCUGUGGUACAACUAUUCCCUCGGCUUCUACUCUUCGGGGCAAAUGGACCACCAGAACUUGGCUAAGCUGCACAGAAAUAUGGCCGCUUGCUAUCUUCACCUGCAGGACCAUGGCAAGGCUCACAAGGCUGUAAAAGAGGCAGAGAGUUAUGAUCCAAGCAGCAUCUUCACUCAGUUUUAUGUGUAUAAAAUAGCAGUCUUAGAGCACAACACCCAAAAAGCUUUGGAUGCUUUUGUCGCAAUGGAGAAAUCCACAGCAGAUCCAACACAUCACAAAGAUAAGGUGUUAAUGGAUGGAUCCAUGGCUGCCAACCUGAUCAGCUUAGCAGCCCAGUUUGCUUUGGAGAAUGAUGAACAGGCUGUGGCAAUUGAAGUAUUGGGAUAUUUGUCUAUGCAUCUCCAAGACAGCCAGCAAGUAUUCACAGCUUUAAAGUGUUUGAUUCGACUUACUUUGUCCAAAGCUGCAGCAAAACCUGAAGAGGAAACAGACAUGGAGAACCUUCUAAGACACCUGACUACAGCUUACGAUCGACUGGAACGGAUAUUCAGAGACGAAAGCGAAAUGCUGGAAAUGAGAGUCAGCAAAGCUCAGUGGUUCAAGAAGAUAGCUUGGAACUUGGCUGUCCAGUGUGAGAAUUGUCCGCGAAUAAUGAGAGAUUUCUUUAUAAUGUCUUUCAAGUUCUCCCAGCUUUGCCCUUCAGAUAAAGGCACCCUUUUAGCCCAAAGGACCUGCCUCCUGAUGGCGGCCGCAGUUGACCUGGACGUCGCCAGGAAGAGUCCACUGCCUGACGAUCAGAUUAAGUUGCUGAGGCAGGCCCUUGAGCGCAUCCAGUCCUGCAGGGAAAUUUGGAAGUUCCUGAAGCAAACAGGUGAUUUCCCCAAGGAUCCCACAGAUGCCAUCCUGCUGCUUUACGAAUUCGAAGCCCGAGCCAAGCUGAGUGAUCCAACUGUGGCUGACCUGCUGGACCAGGUGUGGGAGCUGUCCCAAGUGGACAUUAAGACGUUGGAAACGAUGGCAGCACUGGCCAUGGAGCCCCCUGCUCAUUACCCCUCCGUAUGCAAGAAGGCCCUCAAGAUGGUUCUGACUCUUCUCAAGCAACAUGAAGCCCUGGAUACGGUCACAUUCAGCAAAUGCCUGCACAGCUUGGUCCACCUUUCCCUGCCGUCUGGCAUCAUCGAGGCAGGCAUGCAGGCACUGGAGGAGGCAUGGGGCUAUUUCGAAGACGCUUUGAGCAUUUUGGGCGGUGUGGUGCAGCAGGCUGACUACCCCGAGGUGGAAAUCCUCUGGCUGAUGACCAGGGCCUGGAACACAGGGAUAUACCAGUACUGUACCGGGAAAUACUCAGAAGCUGAGCAAUGGUGCGGCCUGGGCAUGCGCUUCUUGGCUCACCUGGGGACCCUGAAGGGCAACUAUGAGAACCAGAUGGUUGGCCUUUACGGCGAGGUGCUGGACAAGCUGGACAGAGCAAAGGGAUUCCUGCCCAAUAAGGAACUAUGAGAAACCUGUGCCAAACCCAUGCCAAGGGCCCCAAGCUCUGAGCUGUGGCUGAUCCUUGGUAAGAUAGUGGAAAUAUGGAGGAAUUGAUGACUCUUCUCUGCAGUUCAUUUCAUGGAAGCAGGUGUGUGCUUUCUGUCCUUGUUUAGACACACAGUUGUACAAGCAGAAUGAUAAAACAGUUCAAGCCACC